AUGCAUUUCUGUCUAUCUGUCACAUUCUGCUCAUAUCUAUCUACUAUCCAUCUAUCUAUCUUUUCAUAUCUAUCUAUCACACUCUCUUCAUAUCUAUCUCGGUCCCUUCAUAUCCAUCUAUCUCUCUCUAUUAAUCUGUUCAUAUCUGUCUCUCUCAAUCUAUUCAUAUCAAUCUGUCCAUAUCUAUCUAUCCAUCUAUCAUACUCUCUUCUUAAUCUAUCUAUCUAUCUAUCUAAAUCUAUUCUAUUAAUUUUUCUUCAAAUCUAUCUAAAUCUGUUCUUAUCUAUCUCUAUCAUCUAUUUCAUAUCUAUCUUAAUCUAUCUGAUCUAUCUAUCUCCUUCAUAUCUAUCUUCAAAUCUUAUCCUGUUCAUCUAUCUAAAUCUAUUCUUAUCUAUCUAUCAUUACACAUCAUAUCUAUCUCUAUCUAUUCUUAAUAUCUAUCAUUUAUCAUCUCCUAAAUUCAUUUAUCUAUCUAUCUAUCUAUCUAUCAUUAUCUAUCUAAAUCUGUUCUUAUCUAUCUAUCUAUCUCAUAUCUAUCUAAAUCUGUUCUUAUCUAUCUAUCACACUCUUCAUAUCUAUCUAAAUCUGUUCUUAUCUAUCUAUCACACUCUUCAUAUCUAUCUAAAUCUGUUCUUAUCUAUCUAUCUUCAUAUCUAUCUAAAUCUUCUAAUAUCUAUUUUCUAUCUAUUUCUAUCAUCAUUCAUUCAUUUAUCUAUCUAUCUAUCUUCUUAUCUAUCUAUCAUCUAUCUCUUCAUAUCUAUCUAUCUAUUAUCUUAUCUAUCUAUCUUCAUAUUCUAUCUUUAUUUAUUUAUUCUAUCUAUUUAUCUAUCUAUCUAA